AUGACCGGCGAACUGGACCCUCGGUUUCUCCGGAGUUUCCGCGCCACGUGGGAAGACACGCCGUCGUCGCACGCAGUUCCGCAGGCGGCUUUGACGGCGCUGGGCCUCACGCGCGGCGACUUCCUCGAUGUGAAGGCCUGGAUCUUCUUGGUGGCGCGAAAGCUGCAGUUCGUGAACGGCGAGCGCGCGGCGUUCAAGGCCUGCGAGGCGCUCGCGGCGCUCUUCGGCGACCCGCGCUGCUUCGCAAUCGUCCAAGACGCGCUGCUGGCCGCCGUGCCCAAGGAAGACGUGCCCCAAGUCUUGGCGAGCUGCUGCCUCAAACUCACUGCGCAGUUUGAGUCCCAGAGCAACGAAGCGGACCACGACGACUUCCUAGUGGGUCCAACUUCGCCUGCGCCCCUCUCAGCCAGCUGCACCGACUCUGCGCGGCCAACACAGAAAAUGAUGAAUCUCGAACACACCUGCGCGCCGCAGAUGCUGGCCUGGCUGGAAACUGCAGUGUUCGCGUGCCUGAGCUCUACGGACGGCUUCUCGUUUAGCGUACGGCCCCCGCUUCUCCCUUUUAGAACCUCAGACCUCAUGUGCUCAGCAUUUACAGAGAGCCACCGCUCUGGAUGUACUGGACUUCCUUCAUAUUGCCGCUUUCGAAUAUUUGACCAAGCAGCUCUUCAAUGUUCGUGA